AUGGGUGAUGAGAGGAGAGGUGUUGGAGCUUUAAUCAUAUUGAUUUCUCAUGCAGAUCAAAUAAAUGACAUUAUUUUCAGUCAUGAGGGUGCUUUAAAAGGGUUGCAGAAACAUGUAGUCAUUAUUCUCCAUUCAACCAUAUCACCUGCAUAUAUCCAGAAGCUAGAGAAGAGCAUUACAGGCAACUUUUUUCUUCAUAUUUCUUGUUGA